AUGUUGAGGAAACAUGGAGUGCAUCAACGGUUCGGCCUCCUAUAUCAUCCUCAAUCGAGUGGCCAAGUCGAGGUCUCCAAUCGUCAAAUAAAGCUCAUUCUUGAGAAGACGGUUGCAAGGAAUAGAAAGGAUUGGUCAGACAAGUUAGAUGAUGCUCUUUGGGCUUAUAGGACAACUUUCAAGACACCUAUUGGUACCACUCCAUAUUGCCUUGUCUAUGGCAAGUCUUGCCAUCUCUCGGUGGAGCUUGAACACCGUGCUUUAUGGGCAAUAAAAAAGAUAAACUUUGAUUUAGAAAGUGCGGGGGAAAAAAGGUGGUUGGAUUUUCAUGAGCUAGAGGAGCUUAGACUUGAUGCUUAUGACUAUGCUAGCACCUACAAAGCUCGUUCCAAAGAAGCUCAUGAUAAGCUUAUUGAGAAGAAGGAGUUUUAG